UCAAAGAAAAAGCAGUCAGAAGAAGAGAAAGUGAACAUCAUACAAUGUGUAUAUAUAAAACAUUUCAUAGAAUAAUCUAAAAAUUUGAAUCAUUGUGUAGUACUAGUUUAGAUCUAAUUCAGUUUUAAAAUAAAGUUGAUUAUUUCCUAACUAAAGACCUAAUUUAGAAAACUAGUUACUAGAGCUGUAUGAAUAUAUUAAGCAUUACAUUUCACUACUAUAGCUUAACCAAUAAGAUUAGCAUCUUCUUAUAGUAGCCUUCUGCCUGUCAAAGAAAAAGAUCAACAUUGCAGACUGAAACCCGCUAUUGAUUGCAAACACAAUCUCUCAUUAUGUAUAUAUACUCUGUUCAUUAGUACAAUUCUUUUAAUUGUUAAACAAUAUAAUUAGCAACUGUGGUUAACACGAGACUCAGAGCUGAUCUCUGGAAGCUCCAGGCUUUGCUGUUAUAUUCUCAGCUGUUCCUGGCAGUUCAGCUCUAUCAUUCAGACAAUGGCAAAAGUGACAGGAUGCAGUAUGGCUUCGUAUUGUUUGAACUCUUCCUCUGGGUAGUUGUGCAGAUCGAGCUAUGCAGGCAGUAAAUCCUUAGCUCUCUACCUAUAGUCUACUGCUCUCUUGUAAUGAACAAUCAGUGCCAAAAGAUUUGCAAAUAAGGAUUCCAAUCAACUCUCCACCCCUCCAAUAAAAUAAACAAGAAUUGGUGCCCAAGUUUGGGUUACUUUUUUCCUAAUUCUUUACCUUUGUGUCAUUUUUAUGCAUUUCUAUGAUGGAAAUUAGCUCAAUAUUUUUGUUAUUUCUUCUGCAAUCUGAUUUGAGGAUAUUUUCCGUAGAACUUACAUAUUUUUUUAAUACAUACAUGCCAACACACACACACACACACACACACUUCAGGAUGAUGAGACGUGCACCUGCUUGCCCUGCCCACAAAGCACAGAAUUUUGAAGCUGGCAAAUCUGCCACUUUACUCUUUUCUCUUCUUUUCCUCAGGACUGUUAAUAAAAAAUAUGGAUAACAAAAUACUUUUUUAUUCUUCUCUUUUAUCUCAAUUUUCCCCUUUUCUCAGUUGUUUCCCUGUGUUUAUUUCUGAAUAGAAGCCCUUUGAGGUUUUCCAAUAUGGCAUUUUGGAUAGGAUUCCAAAAAUGUGUUAAGGAUUGCAGAGAAUUGUAAACUCAGCUCUUGGCCCCAGCUAUUUAAAAUAGUUGUCUUUCCAAGAUCAAGCAGAUGGCUUUCGUAACAGCUAUACAAUCUUGAGAAAAGGUGUGACCACUUUUACAAAUUGCAGGCAGGUGCUGUACUCAUGUUCUCAUAUACUUUAUGUAACUGAAUCUGAACACAACUUUUACAAUCUACUGUAAUUUUUUAAAAAAAAAUAAUUAUGAAAAUUACUGUCAUUUGUGAUAGGGAGGGACUUCUGCUAUUCUAUGUGAAAGUAUCAUAUAAGUGAACAGAAUAACAACCAACUGCAUAACAGUAAAUGUUACAAUAUCAAUCUGUCAUCUAGUACCUAAAGAAAGUAUUGAUUUAAUAAUUUGAAAUGAUUUCCUACUAAGCGAUAUAACAUGUAGUCUCCUUCAAAAUACAGGCAUAUCAUAUAUGUAAAUUGUAUAUAAUAUUUAAAAUAAAAUAGGCAGAAAAAAGAGUUAUGAUCAGCUUUAAAUUUAGUUCACUCAAGGCACAAAUGACCAGACUCAAAGUAUCAUAUUUGGGGACAUUACCUGGUUCUUUAGAAAAGUUUAUUAGGUUGUGAAAUAUGAUAGGAAAGAGAAGAGGAGGACAAGGUGCAUGAACUCAAUUAUAACAGCAAUGGGUGCAAGAAGAAGAACCAAAAAAUCAGGUUAGGGGUAUCUAUCUAUAUAUGGAUGCUAAGAAUCAAAACUGACUGAAUAGCACAAAAUCAUCAAUCAUCAUCUUUUUUUGCUUAAAGUUAUCUAUAAAUAACUGUUGUUAUAGCUUUUUUUUCUCCUAGCAAUUAUUUAUUUUGAAUAAAAUUUCUUGCACAAGAAACAAGCAACACUCUCAAAAAACAAUAAGAAGACAUUAGAGAUCUAAUAGUAACUACUGUAUGAUAGAUAGUUCUGUUUUAAUUAAUGCCUGAAAUGUGGCUGACAUCUAGUGGUGCAUCAUGUAUGCUGCAUAUGAGCUGCUUCUUGAUAUCCCUAGCUCCUUUUAGUUCCAUAGCAAGUAUUUUUUAAUCAAUAAUUAUGGACAGAGGCUACUUUAUCACCCGCACUAUCACUACAAUACAUUGUAAUAGCAUACUACAAUAUUUGCAUUCCAUCAACUGACCAAGGGAUUCAAAUGAAUGAAAAACAGGAGACAAACUAAUCUUUCUAAUGAGGUGAUCCUUUGUGCUCUCCGAGUUUGGUUGUUUUCUUGCAGACGUUUCAUUACCCAAACUAGGUAAUAUCAUCAGUGCACUGAAAUGUCUGCAAGAAAACAACCAAGCUCAGAGAGUACCAAAGGCCCCUCAUUUCAACCCUGAAUUACAAAUAUUCUCCUUUAUUGGGAACUCCUCUAAAUAUGAAAAGCUGGUCCCUUUUCCUAAUUUUAACAAGAGAACUUCCAAAACUGGAAAAAGCAGUCUCAUCGUCCUUUGUGGAUUGAACCUUCGCCGUUUUAUGUCUAAGACAUCUAUAUGAGCGACUGGUUUCCCACCCCACCUUUCUUUAACUCAGAUGUUUCUGUGGAAAAGGAAGACCUUGUGUAAAUGCCUUACUCCAAAUAAGUUCCCAAGUUAUUUCAAAAACUAAAUUUCAUUCAUUUGGGGGAGCAGAAACAUGUAAAUUAGUCCUCUCCUGUCUGCCCUCAAGAUGCAGGCAAUGAAGCCAUCUGAACUGAAUUUUAUUUUGAUGUCAUACCAUGCUAAAUGCUCCCUUUAGUCAUGUUAGUCUCUUCAUCCCUUGAGUCCUGUUAGUCUCUUCACCCAUCUCAAAGCACUCCCCCCCCCCGCUAGGUGACAACCCUUCCCCCACUUUUGUUUUGACAAUAGCAGAAGAGAGUCUGGAGAACACUGAGGAGCUGCAGUCUUGGGGGAGGGGACCCUCUCUGGAAUGCUGAAAGUGAGAAAAUACAGCAAGUAUGAGAGAAUUUAUUUAGGAAAGAGAAAUUAUUUAGGGAGGAUCUGAGGAUUAUCUGCAUGUGUGUGCGUAUGUGUGCAUAAUUGUGCUGUUCGCUAUUGCUCAUGCGCCUUGGGAAUGGCGAGUUGGCCUUUUUUGAUUGGAAGCAAGGGGGCUAGGGCUGAAGUCAAGGCCUAGGCCUCCAUUUCAGGCCCAUUCUGAGAGUUUCUGCCAAAGGCCGCUAUUCAGAGUGGCCAACAUUGGGGGAGGGGAGUAAAGAAUUUCUCUUUUGGUCAGGAUGGUGGUAGUGUGAUACGCCAACAGAGUCAAGUUAGGCAAUCUUACAUUUUUCAUAUGCCAAGCCCAAAAGGUUUGCCAUCACUGCCCUAGAGGCACUGUCAAAGGCAAGAAGUUCACUUUUUUUAAGACCAAUACCCCUAUCGUGGAAUAUUUAUAAGCAAAGGAUCAUAAGACUUCAAUGGAUGAUUAGAGGUGAUGGGAAAAUGUUUUACUUCUAUGAGAAAGAAUACAAAAUAGACAAAUUCAGAAAAUAAAUGUUAUAUCAAAUGGGCUUUGAUCGGAAAAUAUUAGCAAGGUAUUUUUGCAACUGUAUUGCAACAGCAUACAGCGGAAACAUGCUAGUGUAUGUAUCUUUGUGGAUACUUGUAUGUAAAAUAAGGCUAUGCAUCAAUCAGAAAUUAUUGAAAAAAGAUACACUAUACUGAGCACAUAAGAAUGCAAGCAUGGCAUCUCAGCAAAGGGGUUUUCAUCUUUUCCAAAUAAUUUUCAAAGCACGCAUAAGACUAAAAUAUAGUACAUGCAUAUAAAUGUAAGAAGAAAAAAUAGUAUGGAUUUAGGAAAUAUUGAUCAAGCCAGGUAACACCAUUGGAAUAAUUAGAAAAUACUAUAAGUGGAAGUCCACUUUAGAAAGAGGACAGGUGGCAACACUGGCACAAAACCUCUUAAUUCUUACGAGGGAUAAAGAUAAAGUGAAGGGGAGAAUUAGAAGUGUUCUGCAUGGAAAAUAUCUACUUACAAUACUGAAAAUGGUUUGUAGAGAGAUGGGAAAUAGAUUAAUACUGUCAUGGUAUCUUCAUUAGCAGGAUACUUGUGAGGGAACUGGUUAAUGCAGAAUCUGAGUACUUUAGGCUUGGAACCAGGAAUGCAUUGGGGAUUUUGUUAUGUACUAUUCAUUGAUUUUAUUUUAGAUGUCAUUUUCAAGUUUUAGAAACAUCUGGGCUUAUUGUACUGGGUGACUUCAAUAUCCACUUUGGAGCUGGUUUGUCUGGGGUAGUUCAGGAGUAUAGAGUAUCCUGUCACAACAGGGCAGUGGAUCAAUAUAAUGCAGCUUCCAUGGUUAAUUUGAUGUUUUGUUCUAAUCAGGAGGCUGUUCUGACAGUGGAAUUAUGGAGUUAUGAAUAGACUGCUAUCUGGUUAAAGUUGGAUUAAUGGCUACACAUCAUCUUUGUGGGGACCCUGGAUCUCCCAAAAAACUACUGGACAGAUGACUUGGCAAGAUGCGUGAACUUCUUUGAAGCCAAGGAAAAUGAGUACUACUGCUACUUUUUCCAACCAGUGCCCAUUCCAACCUCAGCAUAUCACUGAAGAAGAUGAAGAAGGGCCAUCUGAAAUCUACUUGUGUGUUUUGUGGUAUGGAGGUGAGCUGGGAAUUGUUUACUAUGACACUGGAGACUGCUCUGUAUAUUUCAUGCCUGACACACCUGACAACGAAGACCUCAAACUGCUUCAGAGGGUGGUAGAUGAGAUCUCUCCCAAAUAUAUAUUGAGUAGUGCCAAACAAGAUUCUAAUAUUGCCAAAUUUCUGACCAAUAUAGGUACCACUGAGGGAGAAAAGCCAGAAGGAGGAAAAGUAGAGGUUGUCCUCUAUCCAAAUAUGGAUUUUGGUUUGGAAGUAAGCAAACAAAGGAUUCUAUCUAGGCAAUUCCCUUUUGUCCCAUCUCACGUGACAGCAACAGACAAAAUUCUUUAUUUGUCCUCUAUUUUACCUUUUGAGAGCCCUCUUGUACUAAGAGCAUUAGGAGGUCUGCUAAAAUUCCUUGACAGGAGAAGACCUGGAGUUGAACUAGAAGACAGUCAUGUUGUUGUUCCCAUCUUGGCCUUUAAAAAGUUUGUAUUGACAGAUACUGUAAAUGUGGAUCAAGACACUUACUGCGUACUGCAGAUUUUUAAAAGCGAAGUACAUCCUUCUGUGUAUAAGCAGGCCACUGGGAAGAAAGAAGGACUGAGCUUAUAUGGGAUUCUGAACCACUGUAGGUGUAAGUGGGGAGAGAAACUGAUGAGACUGUGGCUCAUGAGGCCCACCAGCAACUUUAUAGAGCUUAAUAAGCGACUGGAUGUUAUCCAAUUCUUUCUGUUAGCUCAGAACCAUGAAACAAUUCUGACCCUACAGGAAUGCCUCAAAAAUAUAAAAAAUGUACCUCUGAUUCUUAAGAGGAUGGCUCUUUCCAACACAAAGGUAAGCGACUGGCAGGCACUUUACAAAACUGUUUACAGUGCUGUGUGCCUAAGAGAUAAAUGUCGCUCUCUGCCAAGCACCAUUGAGCUUUUCCAGACAAUUUCUCAUAUUUUCACUGAUGAUCUGCACUAUAUAGCCAGCCUAAUUAGCAAAGUGGUAGAUUUUGAAAGCAGCAUCUCGGAAAACCACUUCAUUGUCAGACCAAAUGUGGACCCCAUAAUUGAUGAGAAGAAACGAAAGCUAGUGGGGCUUUCAGACUUCCUUACAGAGGUAGCUCGCAAAGAAUUAGAGGACCUGGAUAACAGAAUUCCAUCCUGCAGUGUUAUUUAUAUUCCUUUAAUAGGGUUCUUACUCUCUAUUCCACGGCUGCCCACAAUGGUGGGCAAGACUGACUUUGAGAUUGAAGGUCUAGAUUUUAUGUUCUUAUCAGAAGAAAAGCUGCAUUACCGCAGUGCCAGGACCAAGGAACUAGAUAGUUUGCUUGGUGACCUUCACUGUGAAAUACGAGAUCAGGAAACAUUAAUCAUGUACCAGCUACAGUCUAAAAUCCUGGAAAAAUCUGCAGUACUUAGUGAUGUGAUUGAAUAUACAGCGCAUUUAGAUGUGCUAUUAUCUAUGGCAGUAAUGGCUCGAGAGAACGGAUAUACCAGACCCAGCUUCUCUCAUUCUCAUAUUAUUCACAUAAAAGAUGGAAGGCACCCUCUGAUGGAGUUAUGUGCAAAAACUUUUGUGCCUAAUUCAGUGCACAGCAGCGAAACAUAUGGACGGAUUAAGCUCCUUACUGGGCCUAAUUCAUCUGGUAAAAGUGUUUAUCUAAAACAAGUAGGUCUUAUUACAUUUAUGGCUCUAAUUGGCAGUUACGUCCCUGCUACUAAAGCUGAAAUAGGACCUAUAGAUGGAAUUUAUACAAGGAUCCACAGCAGAGAAUCAGUAUCUCUUGGACUGUCCACUUUCAUGAUUGAUCUUAACCAGAUAGCCAAAGCAGUGAAUAAUGCCACUGAAAACUCUUUGGUAUUAAUUGAUGAGUUUGGCAAAGGCACAAAUACUAUCGAUGGCCUCUCUCUUUUGGCUGCUCUUCUAAGGCAUUGGAUUGCACAGGUGAACCACUGCCCGCACCUUUUUGUUGCCACUAAUUUCCAUAGCCUGAUGCAACUGAAGCUCUUGCCCCACACUCCUCUUGUGCAAUAUCUGACCAUGGAUACCCAUCAAGAUGGAGAUGAGCUUGUAUUUUUCUAUCAGAUUAAAGAAGGCAUGUCCACUGUCAGCCAUGCCGCCAAUAUUGCAGCUCUGGCUGGCCUGCCCUCCAAAAUUAUUGACAGAGGAGUUGAAGUAUCAGAACUGUUUCGCAAUGGGAAACCUAUCCCACGUACUGACCAUCCCUCAAAAGAUAAACAGAUGCAAAAUUGCAAAUCUCUGGUGGAUAAAUUCCUCUCCCUAGAUCUUGAUAAUUCCCAAGUGGAUUUAAAGGAGUUUUUGAUUCAAGAGGUGCUACCUUCUUCAGCUUCCAUACUGUAACCUAUUAACGUAGAGUGAUUUGAAUAGAGAGCAUAUAAAUAACUGCAAUACAAAUAAUAUAUGACUGAACUAUGUAGUUUAGGGUAUACUGAAUUGUUACAAAGUAGGAAAUACAUCAGAAAGAAAUGCCACAUUGCUUCAGACAAAAAGCCUGAAAAAUUAAUAAUCUAGCAAAGUGAGCUUCACCCAUCAGGUGUUAAAUAUGUUUUACCUGUUGCUUGUCACAUCCAACUAGCAUAUCCCAUUCUGUCAUAUAUGGGAGAUGACAAAACUAUGAUCCUGAUCCUGCAAACCACCAUGCAGCUAUUGUUAUAUUUGAUGAACUAUUAAUGUAUAUUUGUGAAUAAAGUAUAACUGAAAUUAAAUUUAGAAGGUUAUUUAUAGAUUUCCGUGUUUUUUUGUAAACAUAAUUGUCAACAACAUGAUAUUUAAACACACAAGUGGACUAUGUUCAGGUUAUUUACUAACUUUUUUCCCACUGAUAAUUUCUAAAUUGGUGUUAUGUGCAUUAGAUAUGUCGAUAACAUAAAAAUAGUCCAGAAAAUUUACAGUGCAAAAACAUUUAAAAACAAAGAAAUUUGUAUUAAUAUUCCUUUUUUAACAGUAGAUUUUUCUUUGCUUUGUUGUCUAUCUUAAAUGUUUUUGUAUGCUGAUAUUCUAAAAAAUAAAAUCUACAAAGCUUCAUCUUGAUAUUAUUUUUAAAUGUCCCGGUUUCUUUAGCUUUACAAUAGAACUCUUUAAUUCAGAACAUUCAGGUAUUUUGCAUACUGAAAAAAAUGCCUUUAUUACUGGUUACUAAAAUACAGUUAUAAUACAUGAAAAAUUGAAUUAGUUCAGGCACAACCAUAGAUGGCAGUAUAUGAUCAAGACUAGAAGAUUAUAUUUCUCUCUUUCUCUCUCUUCUUAGUUUGCUUUUGCACUCACAGUAGGAACCUAUGGCUUCCAUAUACAUUUAAACCCAUACUAUUCUUAAAUCUUUCAUUAUGGCUGACAUUCGAUCAAGAGUGAGAUACCCAUCCUGUUUAGAUGAGAAUACAAAAUCAUACAUGAACUUGUUAUAAUUACUAAACUGGUUUCAUUAUUCAUUUUGAACACUUGCUAGUAAUGAGAUAACUAUCAUCCUGUAAAAUGGAGCCGUAUCUCUUUAUUAAAUUUCUUGAUACAUAGUGAAAAAAGAAAAUGUGAUAAGAAUACAGUAAAACUAGAAGUAUUCAGAAGAAAGAGGAAGCUCAAAUCAUUUAUAUGAUAACAAACACAUUUGCUAAUAAUCUUAUUGUUCUUACUGUAUCUUUUUCUGAAUUCAAAUUUUCAACUAUCUUAUUCAUAAUCUGGGAAAAAUAAUAAAUAUAUUUCUAAAAAUACAAAUGUCUUAAUUCUGCUUUCAUGCUUUUUUAAAAUAUAUUUUUCUUAAUCUUAUCUGCAAGCAUCUUUACAAUGGCUAGACUUAAAAGUUGUAUUAUUUUCAUUAUUACUCAAGGGCUUCAGGACUAUGUACAUUUACUUUGGGAAUAAAUGUGAGGUUCACUUCUAAGUGGACAGGCAAAAGGUUAUACUACCAAUAGUGUCUGCUUUUAACUCAAAUUAAAAUUAAUACAAACAAAAACUACAUUUAUGUCAGUAUGUGUAUAUAUCAUUCUAAUGUCUUAUAAAUCAGGACAAUUUACACUUUCUGUUUCCCAGAUUCUCCAUUAUAAAAUGAAUGCAAUUAAUAAUGGCAUCAAGGCUUACUUUCAUUUAAUAAAAAGUACUAUAUUUAUUACAGCCCAGAUAAGUGCUUGGACCCAAUAUUUCCUUACAGUCUUUAAAAAAAACCUAUGAGUUGGGAAUUAUUACUAAAAAGCAUGAAAAUUGCAAAGGAAAAUAUAAUUUGUAAAAAUGCCCUGUCCCUUAAAUUAAUCUUUCUUUUCUUUAUUUAAGAGAACUGUACAAGCUGAAGUUAAUAGUUUUUGUAUAUAAUUGUUUUUAAAUAAUCUCAGAUAUAUAAUUAUGCUGUCUGUAGGAUUAGAUUUCAACUGUGAAAUAAUAUCUAUAGGAUUUCCUGAUAACAGACUUAAUACUAGUUUACCUGUCACUCAGCUACAGCUACUCGGUUAAAAUGUAAAAUCAUACAACAAUAAUUUGUGGAGAAUCUAAUCUUUGCAAUGCAAACUGCCCAAUUGUGAUAA